AUGGUUCUUAUAGCACCUUGUGGUGAAAAGUCAAAGCAAAAAAAAAUUGCAACAACGACGCUAACGACAUUGUGCCGGCUUGUCAGCUGUAAAAAAGGCGGCAAGAUCUCGACCGCACGUACGAUCAGUGACGAUCUGAAGGAGGCAGCCCAGACCCGAACAGUGGUCCGGGGCCCAAUUAUCAUCGACGCUCGAACCCUCAACGCUCAUCCCACGCUCUUAUCGCAUCCACCGGAUCACCAUCACCAUCAUCGUUACCAAGAGAGCACUGUGAGCAGUAACAAUACUAACGUUACCGGCUGGACGCAACAACACCAACAAGCUUCGUGGUGUAGCUUGUGUCAUCGCAGCAAAAACGAAGUCGUUGGAGUGGCUGGUGCACCACUACCGGCACAACCACCGGCAGUACCAACACUAAGUGCUAGCGGUUCGAUUCAACAGGGCCCCGGAGCUACUUCCACAGUCGUUGGCUGUUUGCUCGGGGUUUAUCCGGGCUCCAGUUGUUCCACGGGGCCUAGGGCCCCUAAAUUAGCUCCCAGUGCGCCGCUCAUACACGGCGUACAUCACCAUCAUCAUCAUCAACCGCCACCACCACCACCAGCUCAACUAAGUAGCGUACCAGUAAAUAGCGGUUGUCGUGCCUGUUGCUGCCAUCACCAGCAGCAGCAUCAGCAGCCGGCUACCGCGGUUCAACUUACCAGCCAACGGGGCGGCAUUUCACUACGGGUUGCGAGGGUGGCGUCCACCACCUCCGUCCGAGCCGCCCCCUACGCCCACUCCCAGCAUCAAGGACUGGGAACGGAGUGCAGGUGUAGGGAGGAGACGGGCGCAGUGGGUGGAGGUGGUGCGCACAUCCUCGGCGGCCCGAUGCUGUUUGUUCCGUUCACGGUGCCCUCGUUCCCCGCAACGCACCAGCAACAAACAAGCCACCCGGCGCAAGCUCACCAGAGCCACCAUCAGCAACUGCAGCCGCCACCAGCCGGCGCUCAAACGCAAAUCGUGCAGCAACAACCACCACCACCUCCUCAGCUCACUCAGUUGAAUCACCUGAAUCAUCAGGGCAUCGUGCAGCCACCGACCUCCAAUCAACCUACCAUUCAUAGUAGCAGCUGUUCGCCGCAGCAGCAGGCUACAACACCAAAUAAGUUACCAGGUCAGUCGCCGGAUGAUGGAAUGAUUAAUAAUUUGACGUUAAAGCUGGCGAUCGACACUGUCAUGUUAACGGCAUUGACGACGAUGUGGAGUCGAUUUUUGUAUUCAACAUCAAUGAAGCUACAAUGA